GUCACCACUUACUCCUGAAUAUCUGAAUCUUCGAGUUGGGAAUCGUGUUCUAUCCACGGUGUACUGUACUGCACGCCCUCGCAUCCACUCUCGGCUUUCAGUUGGCGCUCAAAUAUUUCCCGCGCGUUCAUGCACGUCCGUGAUAUGGUCGUCCAAUUUUGUGCUGCAGUCACUACUUGAUAUUCGACAGUCGCCCCACAUGCUCCUCUUCGCAUGCACGGUAGCGCAUUCCACAGAAGUCUGCUCAAGCAUGAGUGCUUUCGCCCGCAGCGUGCUGCAAGGAUCUGGGAGCCUCCACCUACCGCACAAGUAGGCUCAAGCGUGUGUAUCGCCGUCUUGGACGGCGAGUCUGUGCUGCUGCUCGAUCCUCGAACAUCGCGCUGUCAUCUUGCCCAAUUUUGCAGGAAAUUUUCUGUUCUCCAGUUCUGGACACGCAGGCGAACACGGCCGCCUUGGGCACCCGCAUCCCACCCCGUUUGGGUAGAAUCAUAGACGGGACUCAUGGAUCCUCGGAGCGGAUAUUAUGAAGAGCAUAGAAAUUUGGACGUGCGCUCGAGUGGAUCAAAAUCCCGAUUCUUGAUGACUGGCAAGCUGGAUUUCAUGGCAGUGAGAUGACCAAGGGGUGCGUUUAUCGCAGUGGGUCGCUCUCGCAAAGAGCUCAAGACUUUGGUAUGUUUUCUGCCAUACCGCUCAGUUAGACUUUUGAUCCUAGGCCCGGAUCCUCGCUUUUGACGGGCGCGUUAAUGUCACAUCACAAC